CAAAUGUUUAUAGUGAUACGUAACCAUACUUUCGGUUUAUAAUUGUUAAAAUUUCUGAAGAAUAAGACAUACAGUUUGACUCCGGGAAUAAAUAUCGAGACAAUGGGGCCGAGGAGGAUAGGAAUUGUUGGAUAUGGACAUCUAGGGAAAUACUUGGUUGAACAAGUACAGACAAUACCUGACCUCGAGCUAGCGUUCGUCUGGAACCGCACCCCCGAAGCACUCGAAGACCAGGUGGAUAUCAAGUACAUUUUGCGUGACCUGGAGGCGUUUAGUGAAAGAAACGCAGAUCUCAUCGUUGAGGUUGCACACCCAGACAUCACACUUAAUUAUGGAGACAAGUUCUUACAGAAAGCCGACUAUAUGAUCGGCUCGCCAACAGCUAUGGCAGAUAUAGAGACAGAGCGGAAGUUAAAGGCAGCAGCCAAUCAACAUGGACUUUACGUUCCAUGCGGUGCAUUGUGGGGAGGACAAGAUAUAAAAAAGAUGGCGGACAGGGGAACCUUACAGGCUUUAAAAAUAACGAUGAAGAAGCCGCCACAAUCUUUGAAAUUAGCGGAACCUUUGAAGAGCAAGAAUGACGCUGUCACAAACGAGGCGGUAACAUUGUAUGAUGGUCCUGUGAGAGAUCUCUGCCCGUUGGCCCCUAACAACGUGAACACAAUGGCGGCAGCGGCCGUCGCCGCCCACAGCCUCGGCUUCGACAAGACACAGGGCAGCAUCAUAUCUGAUCCAAGCCUGACAGACUGGCAUAUUGUCCAAGUGGAUGUCUGGGGACCAGGCAACAUAUCCGAGGGCACAGCAUUUCACUGUCAGACCGUGAGGAGAAAUCCCGCCAAAAUAGGGCAGGUUACAGGCUCAGCUACAUACGCCUCGUUUCUCAGUAGCGUUGUGCGCACAGUCAAGGACCAGGUUUCCAUUUAUGUUGAUAUUGUUCAUACGGAUCUAAACAAGAGAAUAGAGUAGUACUUGAUGAAUGUGCCCUUUGUUUUACUUCUGUCCGACUUAAAGUAUAGCAACAAUACAAUUUCAUAAGCC